AUGAUUGCAUUAACUUUCCUCUUUGCCCUGCUGUGGGACAGAGCUCUUGGAUGGGGAUUCAAGGAUGGAGUCCUGCACAACUCCAUUUGGUUAGAGCGAGCGGCUGGAGUGUAUCACCGAGAGGGAAGAGCCGGAAAGUACCAGCUCACCUAUGCGGAGGCAAAAGCAGUGUGUGAAUAUGAAGGAGGACACCUGGCCACAUACCAGCAGCUGGAGGCAGCAAGAAAAAUUGGAUACCAUAUGUGUGCUGCGGGCUGGUUAGCCAAGGGGAGAGUCGGCUACCCCAUCGUCAAGCCUGGAAGCAACUGUGGCUUUGGGAAGAAAGGGAUUGUGGAUUACGGCUUCCGGCUCAACAGAAGCGAGAAAUGGGACGCUUACUGCUAUAAUCCUAACGGAAAGGACUGUGGUGGCAUUUUCACAGAUUCAAAGCACAUCUUUAAAACCCCCAGGUUCCCACAUGAGUAUGAGAAUGACCAAGUCUGUUACUGGCAUAUCAGAGUGAAGUACGGCCAGCGGAUUCAAAUUCAGUUUCUUGACUUUGACCUCGAAGAGGAUACAGCCUGCAUGGCUGAUUACUUGGAAAUCUACGACAGCUACGAUGAUGUCAAUGGCUUUGUCGGCAGAUACUGUGGAGACGAACUUCCAGAUAACAUCAUUAGCACAGGAAAUGUCAUGACUCUGAAAUUUUUGUCAGAUGCUUCAGUAACAGCAGGGGGCUUCCAGAUUAAAUAUAUUGCCUUAGACCCACCCAAGAAAAAUGCAACUACCCAAGACAACACAAACUAUUUGGUUGGGAGAUUUGGCAUCGUAUAAAAGAACAUGAACAAGAGGGAAAAUAUUUACCCUGAAUGCCCAUUCAGGGUAGAUUCUCCCCCAGCCCAGUAUCUCUUGCUGAAGCUGAUCUCUUUGCCACUGUGGAACUGUGAUUUCUCAUAACUUCCUGGCUGUGAUCACCUUCUACUGCAAUAUCUUCUCUUCAUGGAUCUCUAGCAGCCACAUGCGCCUUCUGUGUGAUUAUGUUCCCCAACAUGUGAAUUCUUCCUUGACUUAUUUCCACUCCCUGCCUGCCACUGCGAAUGCUGCCUUGCUUGGAAUACGCUGGUUAUAGGUUCUUUAGCCAACAUUCCAGGGCCUUUCCAGUGACUAUGCAAAUCCUGCUUUCAGAAGUGCUCCUUCUUAGCCACUUUGAACUGUAUGCAAUGAUGAUUUCCUUGAGCCAGAAUAUUAUGAAGAAACGUUUACUAUAAUAAGUGUGCUGCAUUUUAUGUAUGAUUCUAUUUUUAGAUAAUAAAUAUUUAACAAACCUUGA